AUCCCUAUCCGGCGCAUGCGCCCGGGGGAAGAACCAGUUUCUUGGGUCAAUAUGUAGCAACAGCUCCGCUUGUUUGAGAGAGAGCUCACAAAUCUCAACUCUGACAUCCGCCGGCAAACGUCUCCUCUCCCCGCAGGAGGACUCUAUACACGUGUGUCUCUUCCUCACUUACACCGAGACGGAUUCGCGCUGUGCGGAGGAAUUGAUCGCCCCCGUCGGUCAGCUGUGUUGUGGAUACCAUACGGAGUGAAACUGGACUGGAACAAAUCUGGAGUGUCCGGUCAUCCUGUCUUUGCCUGCAGUAGGAAGUUUGGUGCCUGUCGUAGGUUGUGCAAUUGUUCCUCACCAGUGAUUCCUUAUGCUUGAGAGAACCUGGACCCUGAGUCUGACAGGAUGGAUGAUGUGGACCUAAAGAGACUCAUAAAUCAACAUCAACACACUGUCUCUUGCUGCGGUGUUCAAUCUUUUUCUAUCUACAAGAGAACACCUCCCAUCCUACACCUGCAGUCUCUGUACUAUAUGUAUAAAGACUCUGAGCAAUAAAAAGACAGAGAUAGAAGUUGGAAGACUUUCUAUCUUGUUUCUCUUUAAAGCAGAGAUAAAUAUUGAUUAUAUAAGGCUAUAUGACGGACAUGGAAAUAUCCUUCUUUUAAUUUUUCAGUAGUUAUACCCGCUUACUCUUGGUGUGGGUGGUGGGAUGUCGGAAAAGCCAGAUGAUAAAAUGGUGAAGUUCCUGGCUCCCCCCCAGAAGAGUGGAAACGGCCCCAGUUCUGGUUCUGAUUCAAUGAUGAGUGAGUGCCGCCCGAUGGCUGAUGUGAGACGGCGGCAUCACACCAUGGAGCGUGAUCGAUGCAACCCUGAACACCGUUUCUUGCGUCGCAGUGUCAUCAGUGAUUCCAAUGCUACAGCACUGGCCCUCCCUUUACCCAGCAAGAUCCCCAUCCCUGCUCCCCAACGGGUUCACCUACGUGAAGCCGUCCCUCAGCAGCAGCAGGCUACUGCUGCUUAUUUGCCCCGGACUGAAACAAGUUUAGCUCAGAAUGAAAAGUCUGCUGAUAGUGGCAGAGGAGUAGUGGAAGGAAAAGAUAUAGAAAUAGCUAAGGUGGAAGUAGUGCCUUUAGACCGGGAGCCUGCCAAUAUACGAGAUAUCUGUGACGGAGAGGUGGUGGUAGCAGUGUCACUCUCUGUACCAAGCUUGGCAAGUGAAGUGCCAAGUCAAACAGAAACUGAAAUCACCACAGAAGUGAAGGCACAUCAUGAAGAAGAGGGGGAAGAAGAAGAUAAGGAUUCUGCUAAGGCACGUGCAGAGGCUGAGCAGAGAGAAGCUGAGAAAAAAGUGCAGGAUGACAUCGAAGAGGCAGAGACCAAAGCAGUAGGAACAUCACCAGAUGGGCGUUUCCUCAAGUUUGACAUCGAAAUUGGACGUGGCUCUUUCAAGACCGUCUACAAGGGCUUGGACACUGAGACCACAGUGGAGGUGGCUUGGUGUGAGCUGCAGGAUCGUAAGCUGUCAAAGACAGAGCGGCAGCGCUUUAAGGAGGAAGCAGGGAUGUUAAAGGGACUGCAGCAUCCCAACAUUGUCCGUUUUUACGACUCCUGGGAGGGACCCUCCAAAGGCAGGAAGUGUAUUGUUCUGGUCACGGAACUCAUGACAUCUGGCACGCUCAAAACAUAUCUGAAGCGUUUCAAAGUGAUGAAAAUUAAAGUGCUGCGGAGCUGGUGUAGACAAAUCCUCAAGGGUCUUCACUUCCUCCAUACUCGGGCUCCCCCAAUCAUCCACAGGGACCUUAAGUGUGACAACAUUUUCAUCACAGGCCCAACAGGAUCUGUCAAGAUUGGAGACCUGGGACUGGCCACACUCAAGCGAGCAUCCUUUGCCAAGAGUGUUAUAGGUACCCCUGAGUUCAUGGCGCCUGAGAUGUAUGAGGAGAAGUACGACGAGUCAGUGGAUGUGUAUGCCUUUGGAAUGUGCAUGCUGGAGAUGGCCACCUCAGAGUACCCUUACUCAGAGUGCCAGAAUGCUGCACAGAUCUACCGCAGAGUUACCAGCGGGGUGAAGCCGGGCAGCUUCGACAAGGUGGCCAUUCCGGAAGUGAAGGAGAUCAUCGAGGGCUGUAUUCGCCAGAACAAGGAUGAGAGGUAUUCAAUCAAGGACCUUCUGAACCAUGCGUUCUUCCAGGAGGACACAGGGGUGCGCGUGGAGUUGGCAGAAGAGGAUGAUGGAGAGAUGGAGGCUAUCAAGUUGUGGCUGAGAAUUGAGGAUGUAAAGAAACUCAAGGGGAAGUACAAAGACAACGAAGCUAUUGAGUUUUCUUUUGACCUCAACAAAGAUGUCCCAGAAGAUGUGGCUCAGGAAAUGGUUGAGUCUGGGUAUGUGUGUGAAGGUGACCACAAGACCAUUGCGAAGGCCAUAAAGGACAGGGUGUCUCUAAUCAGUCGCAAGAGAGCGCAGAGGCAGCAGGUCAGAGAAAAUCAAGAGAAGAGACGGCUGGAAGAGGAGCAGCAGAGUCAGUUGCCGCCUGCACAGCAACCAGGCCAACUCACCAGCACGGAGGUGCCUCAGCCCCAGCCGGUGCCUCAGACUGCGUCUUUUGUCCCUCCACAACCACACCAACACAAUCCACAAAUGUCUGCUCAACCUGCAUCUCAGAACCUUGCCAGUUCGAACUAUAACACUACUCAAUCAAACCAACUGACUGGCAUGGCUCAAGUGAUCCCUUUUGUGCCCCAGUCCACUGGGCAAGUCCCAGUUCAGGGUCAGAGUGUGGCCACCAUCCAGCCGGAGUCAGAGGAGCUAGAAGCCGACCAACACAAACAGCCUCAGCACACUGGAGGAGUUGGUCACAUUGGAGACAGAGUACCUAAUUCCACCAUCCUGCCUGAGGCCCAGCCUCCUCAGCCUGGAAUAUCCUACAGCUCCCCUCCCAGUCUGCACCCUCAGCCCCCAGUGUCGUGCCUGCCGACACAAAAUGAACAAAUGCAACAGCAGCAGUUGUCAGUGCAACAACAACAACAACAGCAGCAGCAGCAGCAACAACAACAACAACAACAGCAGCAGCAGCAGCAGCCAGAGAGCAGCUCUGCUCUACCACAGGCUCAGACUGGAGCCCAGCAGCUACAGCCUUGGGCCAAUGAUCCAAGUACGCCCAUCAUGUCUCCUCCAAUCAACGCAGAGCAUCUUUAUUUCCUCUAUCAGGCCUCAUGCCUAUCUGUUUUGCAGGCCUCUGUGUGUGUAUCUCAGUUAACACCAGCCGAGCUGCCAGCUGGAUCUUCAGCUCUGAUUCUACCAUCUGUAGAAAGCUGCCUGUCAGAUGCAGCUUCUGGUCUUAGUGACGGCAAUGAUGGAAGUUCUACAUCAGGAGGACGUCAUGAGGGGCGCUCAAUGAAGCGUCACCAGAGACGAUCCGUGCGCAGCCGCUCCCGCCAUGAGAAGAUUGCAAAGGCUAAACUGAACGUUCUCAGUAUCUCGAACGUGGGUGACAGAGUUGCAGAGUGUCAGCUGGAAACCCACAACAGGAAGAUGGUGACCUUCAAAUUUGACCUUGAUGGUGAUAAUCCAGAGGAGAUUGCAAAGAUCAUGGUUGAGAGUGAGUUCAUCUUAGAGUGUGAGCGGGAGUCUUUCAUCGAGCAGGUCCGUGAAGUCAUAGAAAUGGCUGAUGAGAAAGGAGAAGGGAUCAAGGAAGCUUUUCCACAGAUGUGUGACCUCCAACAAAAGCCUGAGUUGUCUGUUCCCAUGCUGCCAGGUAUUUCCCCCAGUACGACAGCGCAGGUAGUUCAUUCAGCAGGACGAAGAUUCAUCGUCAGUCCGGUGCCAGAGUCUCGUCUUAAAGAGCAGUUCUUUGGAGUUUCUUCUGCAAAUACAUCAUUUGGAGAUGAACCUGCCUCUGCUCUCCCUAUGACACUGGGCCUUUCUCUGUCUGCUCCCUCCGGGACCCUCCAGCAGGCCUUCAGUAACAUUAAGCAGUCUCGUAUAGUGAGAGGCAACACCAUUGACCCCCCUUCUUCUGAGCAAGAGCCAGCCACCAUCCCGUCCACUGAGGCUGGACUCGGCCCGAGUUCUACCAAUAUCCUGGCUCCUCCUCCGGAAGCCGUAGCUUCCACCACCAGCACUACUUUCCCUCCUGUGUCUCUCCCUUCUUCUGUGACAUCCCCACUGCCUCCCUCCACUGGGAGGGUUUCCCCUCCACCUAUAUCCACGCAGACCCAAACUCCCAUUGCUGUCACCAAUGAUCCCAGUCCACCCCCUCAUUCUUCUAAUGAAACACCCUCCUCACAAGUUCCAUCACCAGCUCCCAACAUCCCUCCCUCAUCCUCUACCAUUUCUCCUCCAUCAGCGCAGACCUCCGUCCCCGCAGUACCUGGGCCUCAGCCGAAUAGUAAUUCUGUCUCUUCUGUUGCUGGAGUUCCAUCUACCAGUACUAGUACUGCCCCGGCUUCAGAGCAGCAGCCUUUUAAUGGUGCUGUUGCAUCUUCUCAGCCCAUGAAUUCAUCCAUCCAUCCACCACAGCAACCACCGCCCUCCUCAUCCACUGCUCAGAAUCAGGUCCAAGCUCAGCCGGUGGAGGGAGAGGGGGCUGAUCUCCAGUCAAAGGCCACUGGUAGAGAUGACAUCCAAGCUCUGGAUAAGAAGCUCCGGUCCCUCUUUAAAGACCAGAGCACCGCCUCAACGUCAUUGGAUCCUAGUCAGAACACAGGAACCUCCUCUCCUCCCACUGGGACUGCUUCCCCUCCACCUGGAACCGUCAUGGUGCCUCCAUCAAACCUUCCUCUGGCUUCUGGGGUACAAGGGGUUCUUGGCCCUACAACCACCCCAGGACAGAGUAUGACCCCAGGAGGACAUACCCAUACCCCCCCAACAAAGCCCAGGGCACAGACUUUACCUACUGGUUUUGAUCAAGCUGCUACACCUCCCUCUGACAUCAUACCACCGUUUCCUGGACCAAAUCAGUCUCAUCAACCUCUGGGUAAUUUGGAUGCACAGUUGAGGAGAGCUCUGAGCCCAGAGACAGUUCAGGGGGGUAACAGAGCACAGCCUCCAGCAGCAGGUUUCACUCUGGGACGUUUCCAAGUAUCUGUUCCAGAUCCCUCCAGCGUUGUUUCCUCUUCCUCCCUCACGCCGUCCUCUACCACCUCCUCCUCCUCCUCUUCUUCCUCUUCCUCCCCCUCAAGUCCAGAAAAUACCCUCCACCGGUCAUCCACUCUGUGUAAAGAAUCUAUUGAAACUGAUGGUAUAAACAGAGCCUCGUCUCUCUCUGCUGGUCGGGCUGGUCCACCCACCACCAUUGGACGCUUCCAAGUGUCCACGAGCAGCAAUGCCACAUCUGGACCCAGCACCGGCUCUAAAGUGGGAAGAUUUUCAGUCACAGUGACUCCAGCUACAGGCUCCAGCCCAUCACACUGCUCCAUUAGGAAGAACGGAACCUCAUCUUCCACCUCUGACCCACAUAAUGCACAUACACAUUACAGUAGCGACAAUGAUGACGACUCUGAGGCUGAGGACGAGGCUUUGCAGAAAGAAAUUGGCCAUCUAAGAGAGAAACAUAUAAGCGAGAUUCAGGCCUUACAUUCACGCCAGAAAGAGGAGAUUGAGGCUCUGUUUACGCGACUGGGAAAAAAUGCUCCUCCUGCCUUCUCCCCUCCUGUGGCCAUGACUGGAGGUCGACGUAGGCUGAAAAGCAAAAGCCACAAAUCAGCUCGCAGCAGUGGACAGCCCAGUCCCAUGCACUCAGGAUCCCCUCAAAAGCAAAGUACUCCCUCUGCACCAGGGGUUUCAGAAAUGACAACAGAGGCAUCACAAGCAGUUGGCAGGUCGUCCAUACAGCAGCUCCGAUCCUCUCCGUCCAUGCCCAGCCUCAGUAGCUACUCCACAGGAUCGACUGGGACCAGCUCCAUAAACGGUUCAGGCCACUGUCAGAACCUUUCACCUUUGCUGACCCAGGCAACUGGACCCACUCCUUCUACUUCUCAAACCCAGAAGGGUAAAGGCACCUUCACCGAUGACCUGCACCAACUGGUGGAUAACUGGGCCAGAGACGCCAUCAGCCUCUCCCACUGCAAGAGAGGACCUAAAACUGGAGCACAGGCUGCACAGGCACAUGAUAUAAUUCCCCCAGCCAACAUGGGUCGUAAAUUCUCAGCUCCAGGUUACCUCUGCCCCUCGCUUCCCACGCCUUCUAACGCCACAUCCACCACCACUACCCACCUCCCCACCCCAGCCAAUCCCUCUGUCGCUCUGGGGCCCCGCAAAGGUUCCCUGGGCCCAGUUGCUCCGGGGUUCGGAUAUUCCUCGGCCCAGUACAGUGCUCCCCAGUGGGCAGGACCCACAGGCACAUGCCAGGUCAGCAUGCUUAAUCCUGCGCAGCCGCUAACACAGUACCAGCCGCCUACGACAGCCUCAGUGACCACAAUGCACCAAGGCUACCACAUGGGAACCACACCAGCACCCCCGAAAACAGUCAGCCAUGGAGGGUCCAACCUUAGGCCGACGUAGCCCAGUCAGAGCCCUGGUCCAGGCAGAGACUGCAGGGCCACACAGGGCCGAGAGCGCAGACAGUCGUUGAUUGAGAACCACUAGCUCGCUUAGCUGGUCAGCUGGAUGUGCUUUUUUAAUUUUUUAUUUCUUUUAUCAUUUUGUGUUAUGAGUCGACCUGUGUCCUCUCAGGCAGAACAAAAAUCUGUUAUUGGAGGGAGAGUGCAAUACACACCCACAGCACAUGAGUCUCACACUUAGCCUGCCAUUAGCUGUGGAAAUUUGCUGUGAGGAGUGAGUUGGUUGUGUCUGGUGAUGUAACAACCCAAAGGCACAACCGACAGCAGCCAAAGAUGUCUUUCUGCGAGCAGACGCUGUAAUGUCAUGAUUCCUUUUUGAAGAGGAGGGAUUCUGGUGGACAUCCUUACUGGUUCUGUCUUCACUGAGGACAGUUUGCAUCACAACACACACACACCUGACUAAACAUUGACCUGGUUGAGUGACUUGGGGUGGUAGGUUAUGUCAUCUCAGAGAGUGAGGGGAGAAUGUGAGCGUACAGGAAGUGGAAGAUACGAGUGGGACAGUUGGUUAGUUCCAGAUGGAGCAGUAAAGAGUGACGAGUGGAGCGAGGAGAAGAAAGACAUAGUACGUUAGGCUGGAGUGUAACGCAGAGGGUCGGAGUAUGAACACAUCCCAGUUGGCUACCUAUUGAGUAAAACGCAAUAAUGGCAAAGAGUAGAUGAACUGUCCCUUGUAACUGUGGCCUUAUUCCCCAAACACAUUUAAACUUUGUACAUAGAAAUUUCUUCACUGGGUUAUGAUUCCAUGUUUAGCAUAUUUAUGUCCCUGUGAGUCUGGUGUCGUGAUUUGAGUUGUCUCUUAUCAUAUAGAUUUAUUAUCAUACUGAUUUAUUCUUCACGUCUGACAUGUAAGCCAGUGGGUCUGCCACAUUAAAAAGCGUUGUCCUGGUGUUGACCACCACUUGAAGCUGAAAACUGAGGAGGUGAUGCUGCUGUAGAUCACAGUCUGGGUAGUGGGUGUUUGGGUGUCUACGUUAUUUUUAAUUUACACAGGAAUGAAACCUUAGUGAGAAUCUUAAGUUGACACAUGGAACCACUUCAUUUAGAGUUCAGCUUUGCGAUGUGAGCAGUUCAGAGUCUGCUCAUAUGUAAUUAUAGAGUUUUGGUUUAUUAAUAGUAAUAUUUGUAAUUUUCUGACUCAGGGGUGGCUCCCCACUCCACCCAGGUGUUUACAAUGAUCAUGCACAUCUCUAGAUUAAACAGGUCGCCACAUUAAAUAUCUCCGCUCGUAACAUUUAGCCGUCACCUCUCAAAUCACAAGUGUCUGGGGUUCUCUUCCUGUGGUCUGUUUUUGUAUGCGUUAUUUAAUAAAACAAACAAAUGUUCUUUAUGGACCUGUAUUCAGCCAUCAGAUUUUGAUGUUGUUUCACUGUAAUUAUUAUUAAAGGUUGUUAAACAACA